GAAGGAAGAAUGAUAAUUAUAAUAAUAAAAAAAAUAAAAGAAAAUCCAGCAACAUAUACAUUUUUAAAACGUCUGCAGGAAAAGUGUUGACUGAUCCUGCUUAAGUAGAAUAUGAACAGCUGCAGUUCUUACGUUGUGUUGAGCGAAAUAGCCAUUGCCAAUCAUAAUUUUGCUGUAAUAUAAUAGGCAGCCAGCCACACGGAGCACGCAGACUUCAGUUUGGUUUUUGGAAUGCUUGUCUGUGAGCAACACGGAGGCGGUGGGUUGGGGGCAAUCCUUCGUUUGGCACAGUACUUUAACUUCGCGUACUACUGCCAUGCUCUACCUGCUGGGCAUAAGACGGUUCCAAAAUCCUGAAGAACCGGUGUGUUCAUAAUAAUAAUAAUAAUAAUAAUAAUAAUAAUAAUAAUAAUAAUAAUAAUAAUAAUAAUAAUAAUGAUGAUGAUGAUAAGUAUGGGACCGCAGUGUUAAUUUAUCUCGCGUUAAUUUAGCUGAAGUACUUUUGUCACAAACAAUAGGAAUUAAUAAACAAGCAAACAGAAAAAAACCUGUAUGAUGGUGCGCAAUUUAUCAAAACUACAAGUGCAUUGGGAGAGAGAGAGACAGAAGAAAAGAGAUACGCCUGGGUCUUGGUUUGCAUUUAAAAAUAAUUUGGCGAAAGGACUUGAAUUUGUGUUCUGCGAAUAACCGACUGCUGGAAUAGUGGAUACUACGGCAUGCUAGACAUUUCAGGAUUAAAGGACUUCGUGAACGUGUUGACAAUUACAAAAUAAGUGAUAUUCUAAGGAGAUGGGAGCCAUACUAAUUUGCCAUCUAAUGUUAUUCAAGCUUUUUCCGAAUUCAGAUGUCUUGCACGGCAGCCGUAACCAUAAGAACUUGGAAAAAAGAUAAAUAUCAUCAUUUAAUUCAAUGAAAGAAACAGGAAAAAUACGUACUGAUGACUUUUUUUGGAAGGCAAAAUACAUCACAUGAACUUGGCAAUGGCAUGAUCUAUAAUAAUAAUAAUAAUCAUCAUAAUAUAAAAAGAAAAGCAGAACAUCACUUCUUCGUAGAAGCAGGAACUUAAACUGGACUCUUCCAGGAACUCAUUUCAUUUUACGCCUGACCACAAAACUGAUUAAUAAAAAAAAAACAUGUUCUGGGGAUUUAGCUGCGGAUUAGAACUGCAAAAAAUGAGUCUGUCAACAAGGUUGCAUUGAGUUCACGAUUCGGUAACAACAGGUGCACCAGGGGUCUGACCAUGCAUUUUUAAGUUAUUUAGAGAAAAAAAACAAAAAACAAAAAAAAAAACAACCUAUACUGCUACCUGGUGUUUUCAGGCCCCCCUUACUUUAAAUCCUAAAAUAUAAAAUACGUUUUUUAAUAAGCCAAGAUGGAGGCUGCUAUGGUGAGUGUCGAAAGCGGAGGGUGCAACAGCCACCCGCCUUACGGUUACGCACACGCUCGGGCAAGGGAGAGGGAACGGGAGCGCGAACGGGAGCGCCAAGCACACUCCAGAGCUGCCGCCGCCGCUGAAGCUGCUUCGGCAGGAGGAGGAGGGGGCAGCCACCACCAUCACCACCACCACAACCCGCAGGAACAGCAGCAGAAUCAGUCUCGCACCGCCUCCUUGUCCCAAGCUAACAACAGCUGUGGCGAUGGGACUGCCUUGUGCCCCUCCUCCGCCUCCGCCUCCCAGCAGCAACACCACCACGAGCCACAACAGCUGCAGCAAGUAGUCAAAGGGAAGAAAAAGCAUCGGGGCUCAGAGCAGGACAGGAGAAACAAGCAUCGUCAGGGCUACGGAGGGGGCCACUCUCGCCACUCGGAGUUGGCUCCAACUGGGUCCGAGGAAGAAAUUAUGAAAGAGGAGGAAGAAGAAGAGGAGGAAGAAGAAGACGAAGAAGAAGAAGAAGAAGAAGAAGAAGAAGAAGGAGUGGGAGAAGUAGUUGACGGAGGGGAACAGACUGCAGGUGAGAAGAAAAAAAGUUUUCUCUGUACCAUGGAUGAUGAAGAGGAGAGGGUUUCUCUCAGUGACAGACUAUCCCGGCAAGGCUAUGACUCUGUCUACAGCGAGUACGAGUGCUGCGAGAGAGUUGUCAUCAACGUCUCCGGACUGAAGUUCGAGACGCAGCUGAAAACUUUGACUAGGUUUCCUGACACGCUGUUAGGGGACGCCGAAAAACGAAUCAGUCACUUCGACCCCCGGAGGAACGAGUACUUCUUUGACAGGAAUCGACCCAGCUUUGACGCCAUCCUGUACUUUUACCAGUCAGGGGGCAGGUUAAAGAGACCCCCCAGCGUGCCUUUUGACAUCUUCUCUGAAGAGAUCACGUUUUACGAACUGGGAGAAGAUGCAAUGCUGAAGUUCAGGGAGGACGAGGGUUUCGUGAAGGAGGAGGAGAAGCCUUUGCCAGAGGACGAGUUCAAACGCCAGGUCUGGCUCCUGUUUGAACACCCAGAAAGCUCAGUGCCUGCUAGAGGAAUUGCGAUCGUUUCCGUGGUGGUAAUCCUGAUCUCCAUGAUCAUAUUUUGUUUGGAAACUUUACCUGUGUUCAGAGAAGACAACGAUUACUUAAACAGCGGCGUCAACGGCACAGCCCAAGACAGUAGAUCUACACCUUUUAACGACCCUUUUUUCAUUGUGGAGACUGUGUGCAUUAUUUGGUUCACCUUUGAAAUGAUUGUUCGUUUCUAUGCAUGCCCCAGCAAAGCUGACUUCUUUAAAACCAUUAUGAACACUAUUGACAUUGUAUCCAUUUUGCCUUAUUUUAUUACUAUUGCCUCGGAUCUCGCCCAGCAGCAUCAAGGCAACGGGCAACAAGCCAUGUCUUUUGCCAUUUUGAGGAUAAUUCGUCUUGUCAGAGUGUUUCGCAUAUUCAAGCUCUCCAGGCACUCGAAGGGCCUGCAAAUCCUUGGACAUACCCUCAGGGCCAGCAUGAGGGAGCUGGGUCUGCUGAUGUUUUUCCUUUUCAUCGGCGUCAUCCUGUUUUCCAGCGCGGUGUAUUUUGCAGAAGCAGACGAGCCCCGCUCCCAGUUCGGGAGUAUCCCGGAUGCCUUUUGGUGGGCUGUGGUAACCAUGACCACGGUCGGCUAUGGCGACAUGAAGCCUAUAACUGUCGGUGGCAAGAUAGUGGGCUCACUGUGUGCCAUAGCAGGUGUUUUAACCAUUGCUCUCCCGGUGCCGGUAAUCGUUUCCAACUUUAACUAUUUUUACCAUAGAGAAACUGACAACGAAGAUCAGUCACCGGUUCAGCAGUCUGUACCCACCUGCCCCUGCUUCCCCACACACUUCCUAAGGAAGUGCAGAGGUUCCUCCUCGUCCUCUUUGGGGGACAAAUCUGAGUACCUGGAGAUGGAGGAGGGAGUAACGGAGUCGCUUUGCGCAAAGGAAAAACCGAGUCACAGCAAAGGCAAUGGCACAGAGAUCAAGAAACACUGUGUGAGUCCUAGCUCGGUACAAACUGACGUGUGAUGCGAGUGCAGCGCAUUUGGAGUGAUUACCGCUCAUGAAAAGAUAAGCAUUGAAGAAACAUACAAGCACAAGCCAGCUAGUGGAAAUAAACUGCAUACGCAAUGCUGUGCUUUAUCAAUAUUAUAAGAACUAAUGCGAGGGCAGACAUAUGAGAAGUCAGUGAUGGACGGCAAAUAGAAGUUCACAUAAGAGGGCUGGAGGAAAAGUUUUAUUUUUCAUUCUCAAAGCUUCAUCCUGAACUCUUAGUUAUUGACGGUUUUGCACAGUAACUCAACACGUUCAUUGAGAUCCAGCAGCUCUGUGUUUUGCGUUUUUACCAGAACUUCAAAUGCAUAAAACUGUGAUGGACUACGAUGCUCGGCAAGCGAUUGUCAAUGCUUCGUCUAAGGAUUAGCGCGCGAACAAUAACCGAAUCAAAUCAGUGCAACAUAGAAGAAAAAGAUGCUCAGUCCUGAAGAACAACUGUAAGACACUUUAAGAAAACAAAGAGACAAACACGUGUUCCUUAACAGUAAAGUGCCUCCUGUCUUGUUAGCAAGCGGAUAAAGUGAAAGCACUUAAAGGAUACAUGUGGAAUUAUAGCUCAAGUUUUGCUGUUGUUUGAUCAAACUCUGCCUUGUUUGCACUAUUAAAUAUGCUGGAGACAGGAAUACAUUUUAAAGGCAAAUCUUUUCUGUAAUGCUGUAAAAUGUUAGUUAUAAUUGCAAGACAAUCAUGCAAGACAUUCUCUUUCCGUGACGUUUGACUAUACUAUAUGUAUACAACAUCCAGUAAAUACGCACAGCAACACACUGCAGUCAUCUGAAACGUUUUAGCCUACUUCUUUCUUCUUGUUUUUUGGUCGCCAUCUAUAUGCUGAAUGGCAUUUGGUAACCUGGGAAGACUGCACGCUGCUGUUGGAUAAAAGCAAAUAUAUAAUUAGGAUGUCUGAUAACUGUUAGCUGUUGCCCAAUAGUUGGCAAUUCAUUACGCACAUACCCUUUCUGAAACGCAAGCCCCCUUGGAACAAUGGGCCCUUUAAAGAAUAUUACUGCGAAUGUCCGUCCACGUCAUUCUGUUAUGUACAGAACUAUGUUAUUAUUAUUAUUAUUAUUAUUAUUAUUAUUAUUAUUAUUAUUAUUAUUAUUCUCGCAAUUAUCCCAAAACACCUAUUGUGACAUAUAAACAUCAACCGAGCCAUGCAAUACAGCCUUCUGGACAUGUGCAUUGGCGGAUUCAUGCGUCAAUGUCAAUAUGAGGGGAUAGAAUAUAAUUAUGUUUCCUAGACCAAAGCAACUCCCAUCAUUACAGUAUUCAAAUAUAAAAACAAAACAAAACAAAACAAAAAAACUCUGAACAUUAUUUGAGGCAGUCGUGCGAGCAUGUAUUGCUGCUGCAGUUAAAACAACACAGUACCACAAACCCUACACACAAGCUGCAUGUCCUGUUCAAGACUGGGAUCCCAAAGCGUUCCCCAAGGACUUCUUGUCAUAUAACUUCUUCUGAAGAUCACGCGACAGAACCGCACUCCUCUAACUUAUUCCAGAGGAUUGCAAAAUCGCUUUAAACCAUCCAUCAGAAGAAGAAAAAUGACAAUCUGAUAUAUAUAUAUAUAUA